GCUCCGAAGAAGUGAGCUUUCCACAUUGAAACUUGUGUCAUGUAAUUCUAACAUGUCGGAGGUUAUUACUGUUGUAGUGGAGAAAUACACGACCUGAGUUUGUGUCGGCGUUGUUCAGAUGUUGUCUGUUCUGACAGGAAGCCGAAUGGCGAUGAGUGCCCCCUGCUGGUUGAUUUGCACCGCUGCUAGACGCUUCACCCGGCAGAAUCCUGCUGCUGCUCCGCUGCGCAGGCGGCUGCUGGGUCCCGGACCCUCAAACGGAAGAAAUAUGUCCUCCGAAAAACAAACAGACCACUUAGAGAGGACAGCGAGCAACUACAGACAAAAUGCGCUGUAUCCCGGCCAAGUCUGUGGAAUCAUGACCGAAUCGGAAACAGUAAGAAGACUGAGGAUAGCCGUGCACCCAGACUUCAGCUUCAAAGCAGGACAGUGGGUGGAUUUCUUCAUUCCUGGUGUGGCGGAGGUGGGAGGUUUCUCCAUGUGCUCCAGCCCGGGUCUGUUGCAGAGAGACGGUGUGGUCGAACUGGCUAUCAAGUACACGAAACAUCCCCCGGCUCACUGGGUCCACACCGCGUGUGCAGUGGGCUCCCGUGUGGCCAUGCGUGUCGGCGGAGACUUCUACUUCGACCCGCCGCCCUCGGGUCCAGCUGUGGAUUUGCUGCUGGUUGCCGGCGGUGUGGGGAUCAAUCCGCUGUUCUCUAUCCUGCUGCACACCUCAGAUCUGCUCCGACUCAACCAGUCCUCUGCUGGUCGGCACUUCAACAUCGGUUCUGCCCAUCUCUGCUACAGCGCCAAGAACACGCAGGAACUGCUCUUCAAGAGCUCCAUCAUUGAGAAAUGUGGGGAGUUUCCCAACAAGUUCACCUGCAACUUUCACGUCACGCAACAGAGCGCAGGAGUCGAGCCGCACCUCCAGCCAUUCGUCAAAAGUGGGAGAAUCACAGCGGAGGACUUGCAGGCGAACGUGGACCCGCAAAGGACUUUGUGUUACUUAUGCGGACCGCCGCCGAUGACGGAGGCAAUUUCAAAAACCCUCAUGGACCUCGGCCUCCCAAAGGACAGGAUCCUGUUUGAGAAGUGGUGGUAGGAGAAGUUGUGGCUUUUCGUGGUCUUCAAAGGGAGGAAACGCCUCUCGACACAUUCAAGGUCUAUGGCACCAUCCCUGAACUGCAAACUGAAUCAUAUACAGUUGAUUUUAAAUGUCAAGAUUCUGUACAGAUUUCUAGAAAAUGCUAAUUUAAGUUGAGAGUGAGAUUUGUACGAUUUGCAACAAUAUCCUUGCAAAGUUUAGUUUGGGAAUAUGUUUCAUACUGAAAUAUAUUUUUAAAGGUGCACCGGUCGCCGAUUUGUGCCCAAUUUCCCGUCUUUGUGUUGACGCUGUUUUCAACCAAUUUCGAUUUCUGUUUAAGAAAUAUUAAGAGCUCACAACAUUUUUUUUUUUACAGCUGUGUGCAGUCGUCCAUCAGUAUAAUAUGGCAAUUUGACGCCAAAUAAAACAGCAGCUUUCCUGUUGUGAGCUGGAAUCUGCUCUAGGUCAGUUAGAAAAUGAUCUAACUUGUAUAAACCGAGUUGUUGUGAGAUUUUCAGAAUUUGCCGCCAUGCUUGUUCACUGUGGCUUCACACUUAUUGAAACCAUGUAUUAAAACCUCAAAACAAAGCGGCUUAAAUGUUAACUUUCUAUUUAUGUGCCAAAAAGAAUAACAUCAUUUGCGAAAGUAAAAAGUUUGUUUUUCCCUUCCGUGAGAGAAAUUACACCUCACACAUCUUUUUCUUUCCCAACAUCAAGUGAAACCUGGCAAUCUCUCACAUGCUUGGCCACCACGGUACUGUUUUCCUCACACACACACACACACACACACACACACACACACCCUCCCUCGGUGCUCAUCAUCUGAGCAGUCUCUUUUCUCACACAUCUUCCACAUCAGCAAACAGUUUUCCAUCCCAGGGCAGGUUAAGCGUCCCGCGGCGCGCUGUGAUGGAACCUCCGGGUGGUCUCUGAUUGGCACGGAUCGCCGAGCGUCCCUCAGAGAUGGCGGCGAGCUUCUCGCUGCUGUUUCUCAGCGAGGGCUGUAAUGUUCCCCCCCGUUCAUGACAAUAACAUGGAAGUCAAAUGGAGAAAGAAAAGAAAAAGAGCCAACUUUGAGGCAGGCCGGGCUUCAAACACUUUAUUGACCUUCUUGUUA